AUGGCUCGCUUGGCCCUCGGCCAGCCCGCCACCCCAGCGGGCUCUGCCGCAGGCAGGCGCCGCGCCGGCGGCUGCAGGCUCCGCGGCGCCCCGUCGCUCGCGGCCGCAGCGGCGGGCGCCGCGCCGGCCUUCUCGCUGGCCGGGCCGCGCGCCGCGCGCCCCGCGCAAGGGCAGCACCUGGGCCUGCGCCUGGCGCGCCGGACGGGCGAGGUGGCAGAGUCGAAGACGGGCUCCUCCCGGGGCUCUCGGACGCCAGCGUCGGGCGCGGGCGCCGGCUCGCUGGCUCUUGCGCUGGCCUGCCCCGCAGCUCUGGCAGGCGGCCGCCGCCGUGCUCGGAGGGCCGUGCGCGCAGGCCGCUGCGCCGCUGCAGCACCGGCGGAGCAGCCGCUGCGCGGCAAGACGGCGUGCGUGACCGGCGCGAGCCGUGGCAUCGGGAAGGGCAUCGCCCUCGGCUUGGGCGAGGCGGGCGCCACCGUCUUCGUGACUGGGCGCUCAGAGGAGCAGCUGCGUGAGGUUGCAGACUGUGUGACCCGGGCUGGUGGCAGAGGCAUCCCCCUGAUCUGUGACCAUGCAGACGAUGGACGAGUGAAGGAGGCGUUCGAGGAGAUCGGUGCGCAGACAGAUGGCAAACUCGACAUUCUGGUCAACAACGCCUGGCAGGACCCAGGCGCACGCAAUCCAGAGACUUCUGACGCCCUCACGCGCGGUGCGAAGUUCUAUGAGAUGCCACUCGAGGUCUGGGAUGACUGUCACAGAGUUGGGCUUCGGUCACACUACACAUCCUCAUAUUUUGCUGUACCGCUCCUUCAAAAGGCGGCAUCCAAGGAUUGGCGACCUCUUAUCUGCAACAUCUCUGCUCCCGCAGCGAUCACCUAUUUUUUCGCUGCUGCUUAUGGAGUUGGGAAAGCUGGUAGCGACCGCCUCACCCGCGACCUCCAAGUAGAGCUAGGUCCCGAAGGUAUUGAUUGCAUCAGCCUAUGGCCUGGCGUUGUCUACACUGAGGCCGUUCAGAAAAUGUACGAGACGAAUGAUGUGGCUAGGCUGAACCGCGUGACUGGAGGUCAGGAUCCAGACCGCGUGUGCGAGUCUCCUCUGCUCACUGGCCGAGUCACCGCGCGCUUCGCGGCAGACCAGAGCGUCCGCCAGCCGCCGUUCAUCACCACAGAUGGCAUCAAUGGCCGCAUUGCCCUCGUCGCUGAAGCCGCCGCUGCCUUCGAUCUUCGCGACGGAGGGCUGCCUGGUUCCCCAGCGGCCGAGCUGUACGGGAAGGAUCGGGAGCCAGCGCCGUCGCUACGCUCUGGAGGCUACCUCCUCAGCGUCCUAGCCAAAGACGCCCUCCCUGAUGAUCUGAAGUGGAUAAUGGACCGCGACGGGCCGCUUGUUUCCGCUGUAAAGGAUGUGAAGAUCCCCUUCGACUGGAUGGCCCGCGACGCACGAACCGAGGAUCCUCGGGAGGAGGGUGCUGCGGCGGUCAUGGAGAAGGCGCUAGGCAUGUAG